CGACCUCUACGCGGUGUUGCACUUCUGGUAGUCAGAGGAAAUGGCGCCCGUCAGGUGCAGCAGAGUUCAUAGUGGCCAACCAGUGAAAGACCCUGGAAACUGACACGUAGCCUAACUGCCCUCUCACCGGACCGAGCUCACCGUGGCGUGUCGGCGGCGCUCACAGAAAUAUGCUCUUACACGGCGUGAAAAAUAGUUUAUCUUGGAAAACAAAGACAUAAGAGGGACACCCAGACACCUGUGGCGUUUGGGAGCAUUGCUGGCACCGUGCAGCCCUUGCAGAGGAAUGGCCAAAGAGCAGAAGCCAAGCCGGGCGGACACAUUUGUUGUGGCGGGGUCUAACGGUCACAGUGGCCAGCAAUGGCAGACAGGUUUGAAUAGCAUGGUGCAGAACAACCACCCGGGCAGCCACCACAUGUCGAGGAUGGCCCGGGUCACGUCUGACAUGAGGCAAAAGUGCGCCGCCUACGUGCUGGCGCUGAGGCCAUGGAGCUUCAGCACAUCGCUCACGCCGGUGGCUCUGGGCAGUGCUCUGGCCUACAAACAGGAUGGUUCUGUGGACUUGGUCAUACUAAUGGUGUGUGCAGUGGCCGUCCUGGUAGUUCACGGGGCGGGAAACCUCGUGAACACCUACUAUGAUUUCUCCAAAGGAAUCGACCAUAAGAAGAGUGAUGAUAGGACUCUUGUGGAUGAAAUCCUGGCGCCACAGGACGUGGUUAUGUUUGGAGCAGUGUUAUAUUCUUUAGGGUGCUUGUGUGCCACUCUGCUGUACUUUCUGUCCACGCUGAGGCUGGAGCACCUCGCCCUUAUUUACUUUGGGGGCCUUUCCAGCUCCUUUCUAUACACCGGAGGCAUCGGGCUGAAGUAUGUGGCCCUGGGUGACGUGGUCAUCCUGAUCACUUUCGGCCCGCUGGCGGUCAUGUUCGCCCAUGCGGUGCAGGUGGGCUACCUGUCGGUGCUGCCGCUGGUGUACGCCGUCCCGCUGGCCCUCAACACGGAGGCCAUCCUGCACAGCAACAACACCAGAGACAUGGACUCUGACAAGCAGGCGGGCAUCGUCACGCUGGCCAUCCUCAUAGGGCCCACGCUGUCCUACGUGCUCUACAACCUCCUGCUCUUUGUCCCCUACGUGCUCUUUUGCAUCCUGGCCACGCAUUACACCAUCAGCAUGGCCCUGCCUCUGCUCAGUCUGCCCAUGGCCUUCCCCCUGGAGAAGCAGUUCCGCAGCCGAUACUACGCCAAGAUCCCGCAGAAGACGGCCAAGCUCAACCUUCUCAUGGGACUUUUCUACGUCUUCGGCAUCAUCCUGGCGCCUCGUGACAAGUUGCCCUACCUGUGAUUCAAUAGCUGUGUUUUAUCUUCUUUUUUUUCUCCUUUUUAGUUCUUGUUUUAAUACAGACUAGUUUAUGUAUGUCUUUGUAUUUGAACCAGAUUAUCUGAGCAGUUUCACUGGCUUUAAUUUAUUGUCUAAUUUAUACGUUGAACAAAAUUUGUUAGUUUAGUUCCUCUUCUGCCACACUGAAGAUACAAUCAAAGGGUUUUUUUCAGUAUCACGCCCACAUUAAUGUGCGCAGGUUUAAGACAGAGGUGUCAGUGUCAUUUUGUUAAAAAUAGAGGUAAGCCUAAUGUUUUCAUUAUAUAUGGACAGACAAUAAAGGAACAGUUGCCAUAUUCUUAGCUCCUCAAGACACAACACACUGAUACCUGGAAUAUCAAGAAACCAAGUUUUAACAUUGUACUCUCUCACACAAUGUGAAUUUUUUUUUUUUUUUUUUUUUUGUGCGUCAUUUUUGAUUAAUUGGGAGAGCCGCAAUGUAUUCAUUGGAUUCUAAUAAAACUCAUUGAACUUC